CUGGUUAUUCGUCGUGCUACCCGGCUAGCUGCCCUUGGGUCCGCUUCUUUUUCUCAUAACGGCGCCAUGUACAGUAGAAGUUAUGGUCACUUUCGGCGAGGGAGGGGUGAUCUACUGAACUCGUUCAACUUAACAUGCUUUGCUUACGACAUGAAUGUAUAACAACUGAAAAUGUUUUAAAUAUAGACCUUGUAAUACAACUUAUCAAGCACUUUUACUGAUUCAAUUUAUUUAUAUUUUCAUGAAUUGUUUCUUGUUUGACAUUAAAACAGCCCAGCUGUUAAUUCCAGCUGUGUAGUCUAAAUGAAAACCACUAAAUGCUAAAAGAGCUCAGAUCUCAUGAUAUGAACCGCAGGGUGUUCUGCUAACACGAAUUGGACACUUAUUUUGCAUCAUAAGCAAAUAAAUAAAACACACACAGAGGUUGUGGAAAGCUGUAGACAAAGUGGGGGGUCACAGAGCUUAUACCCCGUUCCAACAUGGGUGCAAGUAACCCCGCGCCCAAAGAGUAGAGACUAAAACAGGCUAAAUAUUCAACACUAAUAGAUAAGAUUAAAAACAAGACUGUAAAACAAAUUCUUAGAUAAAAACCCUUAAAUGGCUUGCGCCGUUGGAAAAAUGAGGCGGAUCCAACUGGGACUCUGAGCAUCGCAUGCGUCAGCGCCUCCCUGUGCAGACGUCAGACAUACCUCACAUAAGACUUGUUUUUCCUCUUUUUUGGAUAAGGGCUGGGUUAGUAGUAGGGAAAUAAUUAGUGAUUCAACUCACACAAAACCCCAUGAAUUACGUCAUGGCUGAUUAGUGCCAAAUAACCAGUUUGUCUUGUUGUGGGCAAAAAAGUGUUCCUCAUUAUUUUCAUUUCCCAAAAAAGAGAGUUAAACCAAUUGUUAUUCAAAAAAUGUCAAACAUUUAUCCCAAUCAUUUUGUUUUGUGAAUUUUAAAACAAUGAUUUAGAUGGUUCAGGUUAAAAGUACUCUUAAACGAUUGACAAACACCAGUGACAUAAUAGAAAGAAACUCCACCACACCUGUUCUACAAGCCCCACCCCAAGCUAAGGAAGCUUGAGCAUUUCAGUGCAUGUGACUCAAGUCAACUGUCAUUUUACUACUUUGGUCCCUUGCUGUUCUUUCUUUUUGCUAUAAGCAUUGAUUUUUGUAAACUGUGACAUACUUCUUCAUUGAUACCGUCCAGACCUCAAGCAUCAUCAUGGCCUCAGCUUGGCCUGAAGAGGAGAGCUUUGCUUGCUCUGUAUGUCUGGAAACUCUGAAAGAGCCCACCACUCUAACAUGUGGACAUUCCUACUGCUUGAAUUGCAUCGAAAACCACUGGGACAAGGAAGACGACAAAGGUCACUACAGCUGCCCGCAGUGUAGGCAGCUCUUCACGCCUCGACCUUAUGUGGCCAAGAAUACGCUGCUUGCACAGGCCAUGGAGAAGCUAAGAACAAACAGCAUAAAGCAAAGCAACAUGGUGGGCAUCUAUUCAGCUGACCCGGUGAUGCCCGUCUACUUGGACGUCAUAUCGGAUAUUGGGCCCAGGAAGGGGAGCGUGUACCCUCAACUCCCUUCGGUGGAACAAAGAAUCUGCCCUCAACACAAGCAACCACUGGAUUUGUUUUGCCAUGAAGACAAGGAGUGUGUGUGUGUGAUGUGUUGCCAGGAUGGACACACGGGACAUCGUGUGGUUGGACCACAAGAAGAAAGAAGAGAGAGACAGCAAGAGCUUGUCCAGAUGCAGGCAGAAGUACAACGGAGAAUCCAGGAGACCAAGAGGAAUAUCAUGGAGAUCCCGCAUACUGCGCGUCAACAAAAAGCCUUGCUGCAGGCCCUUCAAAGGGAGAGCGCUGAUUUAUUUGCAGAACUGGUGAAGAGUCUAAAUCUGACAGGGACACAAGUUGGUGAGCUCCUUAUUGCUCAGGAGAGCGUCUUUGACGGACAAGUCGAAACACUGGUGAAGCAUUUAGAGCAAGAUUUAUCACAGCUUCAACAAAAGAGUGAGGAGCUGGGCAGGCUGGCUUACAUGCAGGAUAAUAUCUCCUUCCUGAAGAACUUCCUCCUCAUGGAGCCGCUGGGGCAGACUGGUGCCACAGGACAGUCUGGGAUUAUUCAGGAGGAAGGUGUGGUGGCUUCCAUACGAUCGGUCAUUAAAGAGCUGCAAGAGUCCAUACAGAACCUCUGCAAAGAAAGUCUAUCCAAGAUUGUCAAAAUAGUGAGUCAUGAACCCAUGGCUUCAACACCCAAUGGUGUGGCAGCAGCAAGCACAGGGUCCACUGAUUAUUCUGGUCAGGCUGCUGCACAGGCUUCAGUCUAUGAAGAAAUUGAUGUUUCUCCACCGCCACAACCUAUGCGACAUCAGUUUUCCUCCAUAGUACGUGAGUCUUCAAGAUUCAGAGGAUCUAUGAGUCAUCAAGGAAACCCUCCACCUCUCCCACCUUUUAGGCCUCAAGCAUCUGGAUCAAUUAAGCUUGUGAAUCCAGAGCCAAAAACAAGAGAGGAAAUGUUAAAAUUCCGCUUUGAACCUACCAUAGACCCAAACACAGCCUACCGCCACAUGAAGCUGUCGGAAGAUUGUCGUAAGGUCACAAUGCGUUCUGAAAACCUGAAUCCACCUGACCACCCUGAUCGCUUCUUCUUCUGGAGACAAGUUCUCUGCAAAGAGCCCCUGGCAGGGAGCCCUUACUACUGGGAGGUCGAGUGGACUGGCCAGAAGAUCACCAUUGGUGUUGCUUUCAAGGACAUGGAGCGCAAAAGCAGUGACAACAAAAGUCGUCUGGGUCACAACGCUCAGUCCUGGAGCCUUUACUGGUCUGGUACCGGCUACUCCUUCUGGCACAAUAACCAGGAGAAACUUCUGGGCUCGCCCAAGGCUGCGCGGCUCGGCGUCUAUCUGGACCAGCAUGCUGGGAUUCUAAACUUUUACAGCAUCGCCCACAGCCAGGCUCAUCUCAUCCAUCACUACGAGACGCAGUUCACCGGGCCACUGUACGCAGGGUUCAGGCUGGGGGCCGGAGUAGGGGACUCUCUCACCAUUUGUAAACUGGAUUGAGUUUUUGAUUCUCGUAGAUUGGUUGCUGUGUUUUUGAUUAUUCCAACUAACGUUUAAGCUCUCAAAAUGUCUUGUGACCGUGACAUGCAUGGAAACACUUAACUGUGCAAUUUCCAGAAUAUUUUGUGCGCCAAUCUCAUUGUGAUUUGAAGUGUUAAUAAAUUGUUGAAAGGCAAUAAAAUAAAAUAAAAAAAAAACAUCUUAUUUGAAA